AUGGCUAAUGGUUUCAAUUCUGUCCUUUCUCUGCAGCGUGAAUGCAUCUCUGUCCACGUCGGCCAGGCAGGUGUCCAGAUGGGCAAUGCAUGCUGGGAACUGUACUGCCUGGAACAUGGGAUCCAGCCUGAUGGACAGAUGCCCAGUGAUAAGACUAUUGGUGGGGGAGAUGACUCCUUCAACACCUUCUUCAGUGAGACUGGGGCUGGCAAACAUGUUCCUCGUGCAGUCUUUGUGGACCUGGAGCCAACCGUCAUCGGUAAUGAAUCUAUCCUCAAUCACAAAAUGGAAAACAUGCCUAGUCAUUUUUUUGUGUCCAGUAUCUGUAGUUUGAUUCUAACUUGCUUCUAUCCUGUCAUUCCACAGAUGAAGUACGCACAGGUACCUACCGCCAGCUGUUCCACCCUGAGCAGCUGAUCACAGGCAAGGAGGAUGCUGCCAACAACUAUGCCCGUGGUCACUACACCAUUGGCAAGGAGAUCAUCGACCUGGUACUCGACAGGACGCGCAAACUGGUAAGACCCAACCUAGUCAUCUUUCUAGGUGGAUGUACCUUCCAUCUUUGAUACAAAUAUACACGGUUUGUGACACAUUCCUUCCUGUUUCUUUCAGGUAAGACAGAACUGGUAAGACUCAUACCAUUUUAAAGCAAGGGCUUGUGUUGACACCAAAUGUAGAAAUGCUAAUAAAUACUAGUGGUGUGGACCAAUAUCAAUACUUCUAUAUGAUAUAGAUAUGAGCAAGGCAUAUGGUGAUAUGGGUUUAUCCAUGCUGUUAACAUAGAUUAUUAUGGAAAAAAGCACACGACUGUUGCUGCAGACAAAACCCUCUCACAGGCUCAAUUUAGCAUACUUAGUCGCACUCCAGCUAUUUUAGAACUUUCUGUGUUGUAAAACAACAUCCCACGUAUAAAUACGGCAAUGUACACACACUUAAGGGAAAAACGUUUUUUAGAGCAACAUUUUUUUUUUUUUAAACAAGUGCAAACUUCAUGGAGCAGGUCAUUCAAGGACUUGGUCUGAUGGUGCUCUCUGAUGUCCUCCCCCCUUGCUAGCGGGAACAAUAGAGAACAAACGAGGAAAGGCCCACCCCUCCAGCAUAGAAAUAGCGCACAUAAAACAGAUCUACCGCUUCUUAGACUUGCUGUCAAUGCGAAUGACAGAUCUAUAACUCAUAUUUCUAUGUGAAUUUGGUCUGGUCGCCCAAAAAGUGACAUAUUGCAGCUUUAAGUCAAUCACGUAAUAAGUGGAGAGGAGACUUCAACGGGCUGCUGAUGGGCCCUCAACGGGCUGCCCAUUGUAUUCAAAACAGGUUGUGUUGGUUGGUUAGGCCUCCUGGACAUUCACACCUGGCCCAAUAGGCAACCAGAAAGCAGUUGUCUGAACUUCACAGAACCGUGGAAAUGAAUUCCACACAGUUGCAAUGUUAUUCAUUCAAACUAAUAUGAUAUCGGUUCGAAAAAGUGCAACUGAUGUCGAUAUUGAUUUCCCAUGUCAACGCCCAUCACUAAUAAAUACAUUUCAUAAUUUUCUUCCUUUGUUUCUUCCAGGCUGACCAGUGCACUGGUCUCCAGGGCUUCCUGAUCUUCCACAGCUUUGGAGGCGGCACCGGCUCUGGUUUCACCUCCCUGUUGAUGGAACGUCUCUCUGUCGAUUAUGGGAAGAAGUCCAAGCUUGAGUUUGCCAUCUAUCCAGCUCCCCAGGUGUCCACUGCUGUGGUGGAGCCUUACAACUCCAUCCUGACCACCCACACCACCCUGGAGCACUCCGACUGUGCCUUCAUGGUGGACAAUGAGGCCAUCUAUGACAUCUGCCGCAGGAACCUAGACAUUGAGCGCCCCACCUACACCAACCUCAACAGGCUGAUUGGUCAGAUCGUCUCCUCCAUCACCGCCUCCCUGCGUUUCGAUGGAGCCCUCAAUGUGGAUCUGACAGAGUUCCAGACCAACUUGGUGCCCUACCCCCGUAUCCACUUCCCUCUGGCCACCUAUGCUCCAGUCAUCUCUGCUGAGAAAGCCUAUCACGAGAUGCUAUCAGUGGCUGAGAUCACCAACGCCUGCUUUGAGCCAGCCAAUCAGAUGGUGAAAUGUGACCCACGUCACGGCAAGUACAUGGCCUGCUGUUUGCUGUAUCGUGGUGACGUUGUGCCCAAAGAUGUCAACUCUGCCAUCGCCACAAUCAAAACCAAGCGCACCAUCCAGUUUGUGGACUGGUGUCCCACUGGCUUCAAGGUUGGUAUCAACUACCAGCCACCCACAGUGGUCCCUGGAGGAGAUCUGGCCAAGGUCCAGAGAGCUGUGUGCAUGCUGAGCAACACCACUGCCAUCGCUGAGGCCUGGGCCAGGCUUGACCACAAGUUUGACCUGAUGUACGCCAAGAGGGCCUUUGUGCACUGGUAUGUGGGAGAGGGCAUGGAAGAGGGAGAGUUCUCAGAGGCCAGAGAAGACAUGGCAGCCCUGGAGAAGGAUUAUGAAGAGGUGGGCACUGACAGUGUAGGAGACGAGGGGGAGGAGGAGGGAGAAGAAUAUUAAAAAGUAGUCAACUGGUAAAGACCAACAUCUGUGAAGAACAACAGGGAAUGAAGAGGAGGAUGCAGGGGAGGAAGAGUAGAAUGUUAAGAUCUAUAGUCUCAGCUUUACAACAUGAAUGUUGAAACCACACAGGUCUAUGAUUUUUUAGCCAGACACAGUUUGGAUCAAAUCGAGAAUAGUAACAAUUUUAACCAUCUAUUUCUUUGGGCAUGAAUACUUUCUGUGAAAAAAUAAAGCAUUCAUUGUCAAUGCCCAAAAUAUUUCUCUGUGUCAUGCUUGCUCAAAACCAAUUAUUCUGUAAUGUCCAUGUAUAAGCCCUCUCCCUAGUCUCAUUCCACAGCUGUUGCUAUGGCAAGAGGUUCUGCCUUGAGGCAAGUCAGUCAUACUCUAUCACACGAUCAGCAAUUUGAGGAGAUAGUGCACCAUCAACCACCACACACUGGUGUUAACUAAAUGGUGUCCUCUGUCUUUCCUGAACUUCUGCUAAACUUCCCGAUCCUGUCCUGCUCCAGCUGUGGGAGAGUGUUUGGUUAAGGCUGUUUGGUACUGUGUAAACACCACUUUUGGUGAUAGGUAGUCAGCUCACACUGAAGCCAUCUAACUCCCAGGUCUCUUUUCUCAUGAAACAAACCACCAAGCUCAGCUGACACCCAGCUGUAAAACACUGACUCCGGAGAAAAACUAUUGGUAACCAAACGAGAACUACAGUAUCUGAAAAUCCUUAAGAUACUCAUUGAUGAAAAAGUCAGCAGUGGCUACCUGUGGUUAUACAUUGACCAACUACUUACUUACAUCCAGUGUAUUUAACAGCUACCAAAACCUCAGUGGUAGAACCAGAAUCAUUUUCACCACACUAAAAAGGAAAACAAAUACUGCUGCAGUAAUUAAUGCCUUGGAGCUGUGAAUUUGACAGCAUGAAUUGUAAAAUUACAAAAUAUUGAGGGCAAGAAUAAACAAUACAGUUGAUAUAUAAUAUGCUCUUUUAAUAGACAAGCAUUUCUAUACAUAUAACAUAUGGUUAGCCCAUCCUUUAAAAGUAAAGACUGCUUCCCUUGCAAACAAUGAAGAAGACUGACCACACACACACACACCAGAAACUAAGAACAAAAGCACUAGGUUUCAAAGAGAACAACUUGUGUGAAGCCUGCUGUUGACGUUCUGUUCCAGACAAUAUGACUAUAGACAGAGCUCUCAAAUGACACCUGUUUUAUGGAAGACAGACGCUGAGGUUUUCCCUAGGCUCCGCUCACCUGUGGUCAUUUGCAUUGUAAAUGAAUCUCUACUACUAUGCUGACAAUAAUUAUCUCCUGUAACAAUAGCCUAUUCAGAUCACCCUGGGGAGAUGGGGCGGUAUCCAUUUUAUUUCAUCAGGGCAAUGGGACAACAUGACCUUUACAAAAUGGAUCCUCUUUAGUUGGAAAGAGUUUGAGCAGUAAAUGUGUACAGUGUCCUCUAAGAUAAAUGAAACAGGAACAAGAAAUAUCUUGAGAAACAGGCUUUGUUCAGGGUGCAAAAUACAUUUAAUAAAUGUGGAAAACGUUUUUUUCCCCUUCAUAUAACUGAACAGGCUACAUUUUACUUGUGAAAUUGAACUAAUAUAUGAGGGGGGUAAGGCUUAUAAAUGUAAUAAAUAUGGGUCGUAUUUCACAAGUAUUGGACGGGUCUUGGAUAUUGUUUACCAAUCUAACAGCCGGCAUCAUUCCUAGACUCAGGGUAGCAAUUCAUAUUAUUUUUGUCUUUGUCCCCGUUUCAUUUAAGAAUCCAAGAUGGUAUCAGCUUAUCAGAGUUCUCCAGUUACUACAACAUGCACUGUUGCCUAGCAAUCCGGCACGGUUAAAAAGCUGCUCCAUGAGCAACACAACAUAAAAGAUUCCCGAGUAGGCAACUGCUUCAAGUCCCUUUCCUGUCCCACUGGCUUCAAGGUUGGUAUAAAAUACCAGCCACCCACAGUGGUCCCUGGAGGAGAUCUGGCCAAGGUCCAGAGAGCUGUGUGCAUGCUGAGCAACACCACUGCCAUCGCUGAGGCCUGGGCCAGGCUUGACCUGAUGUAUACCAAGAGGGCCUUUGUGCACUGACAGUAUUGGGGAUGAGGAAGAGGAAUAUUAAAGAGUUGAGACAUGGACUGUAUAUGUGUGCCAUUCAGAGGGUGAAUGGACAAGACAAAAUAUUAAAGUGCCUUUGAACAGGGUAUGGUAGUAGGUGCCAGGUGAACCAGAUUGAGUAUGUCAAGAAUUGCAACGGUGCUGUGUUUUUCACGCUCAACAGUUUCCCUGUGUGUAAUCAAGAAUGGUCCACCACCCAAAGGACAUCCAGCCAACUUGACACAACUGUGGGAGGCAUUGAAGUCAACAUGGGCCAGCAUCCCUGUGGAACACUUGACACCUUGUAGAGUCCAUGCCCCAACUAAUUGAGGCUGUUCUGAGGGCGAAAAGGGGUGCAACUCAAUAUUAGGAAGGUGUUCCUAAUGUUUUGUACAAUCAGUGUAUGUGAAUGAGUUUAAAUGUACACUAUAUAUAAACAAAGGUGUGUGGACACCCUUCAAAUUAGUGGAUUUGGCUAUUUCAGCCACACCCGUGUAUUAAAAUCGAGCACACAGCCAUGCAAUCACCAUAGACAAACAUUGGCAUUACUGAAGAGUUCAGUGACUUUCAACGUGGCACCGCCAUAGGAUGCCACCUUUCCAACAAGUCAGUUCUUCAAAUGUCUGCCCUGCUAGAGCUGCCCCGGUUCGUUGGGAGCUUCAUGAAAUGGGUUUCCAUGGCCGAGCAGCCGCACACAAGCCUAAGAUCCACAAUGCCAAGCGUCGGCUGGAGUGGUGUAAAGCUCGCCACCAUUGGACUUUGGAGCAGUGGAAACACGUUCUCUGGAGUUAUGAAUCACGCUUCACCAUCUGGUAGUCCGACGGACAAAUCUGGGUUUGGCGGAUGCCAGGAGAACACUACCUGCCAGAAUGCAUAGUGCCAACUGUAAAGUUUGGUGGAGGAGGAAUAAUGGUCUGGGGCUGUUUUUCAUGGUCAGGCCCCUUAGUUUCAGUGAAGGGAAAUUGUAACGCUACAGCAUACAAUGGCAUUCUAGACGAUUCUGUGCUUCCAACUUUGUGGCAACAGUUUCAGGAAGUCCCUUUUCUGUUUCAUCAUGACAAUGCCCCAGAGCACAAAGCGAGGUCCAUACAGAAAUGGUUUGUCGAGAUCGGUGUGGAAGAACUUGACUGGCCUGCACAGAGCCCUGACCUCAACCCCAUCGAACACCUUUGGGAUGAAUUGGAACGCCGACUGUGAGCCAGGCCUAAUCGUCCAACAUCAGUUCCCGACCUCACUAAUGCUCGUGGCUGAAUGGAAGCAAGUACCCGCAGAAAUGUUCCAACAUCUAGUGGAAAGCCUUCCCAGAAGAGUGGAGGCUGUUAUAGCAGCAAAGGGGAGACCAACUCCAUAUUAAUGGCCAUGAUUUUGGAAUGAGAUGUUCGACGAGCAGGUGUCCACAUACUUUUGGUCAUGUAGUGUAAUUAGGCUCGUCUUCCAGAUGUUUAGUUGGGGUCAACAACAAAUAGCUAAUUCCACAGCAGUUCAGUCUUUGUAAAGCUGACCUCAAAUUGUAUACAAUAAUACAAUUGUGUUCUCUACAAAACAUAUUGUACUAGGUUAACAGGGUACUUAAAAUAAAGGUUAAAUAAAAAAUAAAAAAGGUUAACAGGGGUACUUAAAAGGUGCAAUCGCCAAUAUCUACUAUCAUUUCAAUGAAUGAUAUAGGUCUACACAUUGAUUCUUAAGAAAGUGUUACCAAUAUAACUUAUAAAUGUCCCUUGAGCAUGAAUAAAAAAAAGACAUUUAGGAUUGUGAAAUUAAAUAUUUCUUACUUUAAAAGGUUACUUUGGGUUUAGGCUACUUCUCAGUAGCAGGUAUUAUGUGCAAAGUUACAAGCCCCUCCCCUGUGCUUGCAGUAGUUUAUUUCCCUUCCAGUAGAGCCGACAUCCAUUCCCUGUUCUCUUCAUUAAAUAUAUUAGUGAUUAUGAAAGAUAUUAGUCAUCCCAAUAUGUAACAUCUGCUUGUCAACCUUUCUUUGCAUGAGGAGCAUUUCUUUGGAGUAAAGAGUGUUCUUUAUGUGUGGACUGUGUCUUGAAAGCAGAACUACAGCUCUGACUCAGUCCCUGAGAUAGAUUAGCAGUUUGCAGAGGGGCCGCCCCUUUUUUUGUGCUAACAGUCGCUCCCGCCCAGAGAAAAAAAAAAGACAGCUUCCUGCACCCCCUCCCCAGACAGUAUAAAAACCCCGCCUUGGCCCCCUCCCCCAUUACAGCCUUCAUUCUCCGAAUCCUCAACGUCGGCCGAAGGAAAGAAAUCUGUCAAAAUGGUGAGUACUGAGUACUGCAGUUGAUUCUUAAAAAAAAAAAAAAAAAGUGAUUAGAUAAACAGUGAGAGAAGUUAAAAUGUCCUUGGAUUGAACAUUUGUACAUUUUUCGGUCAAAUAUAUACCAGUAUGUCUAUUUAUAGUUUGUUAGAGUUUGAUCAUCAUACACUAUCAUUGGCUAAUGUUAAGAGGUUUUAUUUGAUUUGUAUCUUAUAGAUAGCAUUAACAGCCACGCUGCCGUUGUUGGAUAGGAUCUGGGUUUGGGUGCAGUGGAGGAAACGGACUCAGCACUGUGACGAAGGGGAUUGAGAGCAUGUGGGGCUGACGCCAGAGAACUGGUACAGUUUCCUCCACCAGCGGGAGGAAAGCACAUUACAGUCAGAAGCACUUGCCUCAAUUCAAUGUAUAAAUUAGAUUUUCAAGAACAAUUAUUCAGUUUGUUUGGGUGGAGGGGGUAUUUAGAAAAUGGUUUACUUGACAAUUUGUUCUGGCUAAAUGCUAUUUUUUUGUACUUUCACUCUUUAGUAAUAACGGCAGAGGGGAUAUUUGUAUCUGGGCAGCGCAGUUAUGAGAAAAAAAAGUCAGUUUGUAUAUCUGUUCUAGAAGACACAGAUAUCCUGUCUGUGCGUUAAACAAAGCAGCGCGCUUUGGCACUGAGGGCAGGGUGGGGGUUGGGAGUGGCCUGCCGGGCUAUGGAUUUUUCCUCUAGCACUGGGAGUUUAUAACUGCACUGCCGGUUUCAUUGGAGAACGACUGCCCCCUUUCAUUGAAGACAGUUAGUUCAAGACCGACCGCGGUACUGCAGGCAUUGUUAGCAGAAAACAGGACCCCCCCCCCCCAUUAUAAUGAAUGGAACAAAUUGCAAUCAUCGUGGUCAAACUUCCUGUAAAUAAAAACAUUUUGGGAAAUGACAAUCACGGUACCAAUAAUUGGGGUUCACAGAGCUCCGUCUCUGUGGAGGUGGGGCUGCAGUAAUAACCCGCAUAUGACUCAGCAUUCAGCUGCCCAAAGCUCCACCACCUACGGAGAAGCAACCCCACCCUUUAAACAGCUGUAGUUGGGGUAAUAUAAGACGUAGAGAUGGGACAGGUGUUACAAACAGUAAAAUGACUACUUUCACUAUUGAUUUAUAAUAAUUUGUAUCCUAAUGAUAGGACUACUGAUUUGCAGUUGGUAAGGAUGGUGCUUGUUGCCAAGUAGCAAUGACAUUGAAUCCCUGGCCUAUGAUCGAUUCAGAUAUCUAAACUGGGACAAUGAGAGUAUCGUUGGAAACUGUGGGCUCGGCAUGUGACCAGUCUGCAGCCGGAAAUCUAAAAUGGAAACCAAUGUAAAUGUAAAUGAAACAACAAGAAAUAGAAGGCCCUACCUUCAUCUUGAAUAGGAUUCACAGAUGUCAGGACUGAUUUAAUUGCAUGGAUCAUUUUCAGAUUUUCUUCCACAGCCAGUUCCAUGAAUAACACUCGCUCUUAUUCAUCCAACGGAGCUCUUCAGAGUUCAUGGAGGUGUCAGCGGUUUCUUAGCCAAACAGUUUGGCCUGUAUCUAGAGCCAUUCACAAAAUGUAGUCUCAACAUUUGUCUUUUGCUUUUGAUUGAAUAACACUAACAGAUAGGAUAUCCAUGAACAUUCAUCAGUUGAGGGAUGACGUUUUCAUGACCUUGAACUUCAUGAAAGCCAUAAGUUGACAUCUCUGUUUCUCUGCAGCGUGAGUGUAUUUCUAUGCACGUCGGCCAGGCCGGAGCCCAGAUGGGCAAUGCAUGCUGGGAAUUGUACUGCCUAGAGCAUGGGAUCCAGCCUGAUGGACAGAUGCCCAGUGAUAAGACUAUUGGUGGGGGAGAUGACUCCUUCAACACCUUCUUCAGUGAGACUGGGGCUGGCAAACAUGUUCCUCGUGCAGUCUUUGUGGACCUGGAGCCAACCGUCAUCGGUAAUGAAUCUAUCCUCAAUCACAAAAUGUAAAACAUGCCUAGUCAUUUUUUUGUGUCCAGUAUCUGUAGUUUGAUUCUAACUUGCUUCUAUCCUGUCAUUCCACAGAUGAAGUACGCACAGGUACCUACCGCCAGCUGUUCCACCCUGAGCAGCUGAUCACAGGCAAGGAGGAUGCUGCCAACAACUAUGCCCGUGGUCACUACACCAUUGGCAAGGAGAUCAUCGACCUGGUACUCGAUAGGACGCGCAAACUGGUAAGAUCCAUUUAAAAGCUAGGCCUUGUGUUAACCUUGUACUGAAACCAAAAGGUAUACAUUUAAAUGAACGGUACAUUUCUUAAUGUUCUUCCCUUGGUUUCUUCCAGGCUGACCAGUGCACUGGUCUCCAGGGAUUCCUGAUCUUCCACAGCUUUGGAGGCGGCACCGGCUCUGGUUUCACCUCCCUGCUGAUGGAACGUCUCUCUGUAGACUAUGGGAAGAAGUCCAAGCUUGAAUUUGCUGUUUACCCUGCUCCCCAAGUUUCUACUGCUGUGGUGGAGCCUUACAACUCCAUACUGACCACCCACACCACCCUGGAGCACUCCGACUGUGCCUUCAUGGUGGACAAUGAGGCCAUCUAUGAUAUCUGCCGCAGGAACCUAGACAUUGAGCGCCCCACCUACACCAACCUCAACAGGCUGAUUGGUCAGAUCGUCUCCUCCAUCACCGCCUCCCUGCGUUUCGAUGGAGCCCUCAAUGUGGAUCUGACAGAGUUCCAGACCAACUUGGUGCCCUACCCCCGUAUCCACUUCCCUCUGGCCACCUAUGCUCCAGUCAUCUCCGCUGAGAAGGCCUAUCAUGAGCAGCUGUCUGUUGCUGACAUCACCAACGCCUGCUUUGAGCCAGCCAAUCAGAUGGUGAAAUGUGACCCACGUCACGGCAAGUACAUGGCCUGCUGUUUGCUGUACCGUGGUGAUGUUGUGCCCAAAGAUGUCAACUCUGCCAUCGCCACCAUCAAGACCAAGCGCACCAUCCAGUUUGUGGACUGGUGUCCCACUGGCUUCAAGGUUGGUAUCAACUACCAGCCACCCACAGUGGUCCCUGGAGGAGAUCUGGCCAAGGUCCAGAGAGCUGUGUGCAUGCUGAGCAAUACCACUGCCAUCGCUGAGGCCUGGGCCAGGCUUGACCACAAGUUUGACCUGAUGUACGCCAAGAGGGCCUUUGUGCACUGGUAUGUGGGAGAGGGCAUGGAAGAGGGAGAGUUCUCAGAGGCCAGAGAAGACAUGGCAGCCCUGGAGAAGGAUUAUGAAGAAGUGGGUACUGACAGUGUAGGGGACGAGGAGGAAGAAGGAGAGGAGUACUAAAGGAUGUAACUUCCGAUCUGCUGAUGUUCCAUUCAUAUAGUCUACCAGUCCCAGAUAGUGCAAGUAGUAAGAAAACAACAAAAAUGGUUAAAUGGACUAAUAUUGGAAAUCAUUCCAUAGAGUAAGCACAUUCCACCGCGCUACAAGAAGAACCUUCCUGCCUCACAUCAGCCAUUUUGAAUAAAAUAUGAAAAUAAAAUAA